AUGGCCCUUCAAGGAAACGAGCACGACCACCACCCCGCAGGCCCCGACGACCUCCGAUCUCCCUGUCCGGUCCUUAACACCCUCGCCAACCACGGCCUCAUCGCCCGCAAUGGCCGGGACAUCACGGCCACUCAACUCAAAUCCGCCAUCCAAUACAUCGGCCUCGGCUUCGACGUGGCCACCGCCCUAGUCAGCCGGGUCUUCGAAGUCCACGCCGACGACCCCUCCCACGCACCCCCAGGGACCUCGCGAGCGGGCCUCCGCGAUCCCAACCAAGUCAACAAGGACGGCAUCCCGGUACUAAACCUCGACCAAGUCGGCCGGCCCCACGCCCUGGAGCACGACGUGUCGAUCACGCGCCAGGACCGCGAGCUGGGCGACUGCAUCCACCUAGACCCGGACCUAUACAAGCAGUUCAUCCAGGCGUCCCAAGACGGGCGAUACCGGUCCAGCGUGCUGGGCAGCUAUCGGAAGACGCGAUACGAGGAGCAGAAGCGCAUCAACCCACACCUGCAGUUUGGGAAGUUCGAGCACUAUGUUGGGUGUGCGGAGAUGGCCGCUCUGCGAUGCGUUUUCGGGCAGGGCGUCUCCAGAGGCGUGCCGGGGGAGUAUGUACGUGCCGUGUUUGGGGACGAGAGGUUGCCGUAUAAUGAGGGCUGGAAGCCACGGCGGUUGAAGGCGUUUUUUCCAGAGAUGAUUCCGGUGUUGUUGCUUAUUUCGCAUUAUGCGUGGCCGUUCUAG